GACAUUUUAAAAAAGUAUGCAAAUCAGUUACUUUUAACUGCACAGUUUUUUUUUUUCACACUUUGGCAAAUCUUUCCAUGUGACGACAUUCAAGUUCACUUCCUGAAACUACUUUCUCACUAUUACUGAGCAAACCUCAAUCUUCAUAUCUUCACAUCACCACUUGGCAGAUGACAAUGGAGUACCAGAACAUUUCUAACAGCUCUCUGUCUGCCCAUACUUCAAUGAUAGCAUCCAGCACUGUUCUGGGAUUGUGCUGUGCUCUGGGUGUACCAGGUAAUAUAGCAGGGCUGUUCAUGCUCACCCAACAUUUAAAGGAGGGCAGUUUUACCCCCAAACUGAUGCUGAGUCUGGCUGUCUCGGAUCUAUUGAGUCUGAUUUCUCUGCCUGUGUGGAUCUAUGCCCUACUGAAUGGCUGGGUUUUUGGUCACAGUCUUUGUAAGUUAAUUUCUUAUGUAGUUUACUGGAGCCUCUACAGUAGUGUGCUUUCUGUCACCUUGUUGAGUGUGCAAAGGUACCUCCAGGUGCUGUAUCCACAGAGAUGGGCAAAACUUGGACAGAAGGGCCAAAAGGGGCUGAUUUUUGGGAUAUGGACAUCCAGUGGAGCUCUGGGUUCUUAUGCUCUUUAUUUCCGAAAUGUGAAGAAGAAGAAGGACAGGCUUUUACACUGUUAUCAGGAUUAUACAAAUAAACAAGAACAAGUAGCUGUCUUACUUGUAGAGACUCUAGUGAUGUUUGUUGUUCCUCUCUUCAGCCUGUUGUUCUUCUACCUUCGACUUCAUCAACGGAUAAGACAGUCAGCUUCCAUCAAAAGCCACAGGCUGACAAAACUGGCCGUCAGAGUCGUAAUGGCCUUCUUCAUAUUCAGCACCCCCUGUAUGGUCAACAACUUGGUCUUAAUGGCAUUGUCAUGGGAAUCAGAUGUCAGCAAUAAUGUUACCGGGGCUCUUUUCUUCAUCAACAGUUGUGUGAACCCCUUUCUUUACGCCUUCUCGGCCCGUACACUGCGAUGCAGAAGAAAACAGCAUUCAGACGAGCAACAACAACAUCAAAAUAAAACUGAGUAA